AUGAAUCAGACUACAACAAAUACUGUUCAACAUGUCCUUGAUCGUCGCUACAAUCCUGGCGUAUAUCCACAGACCAGUCAACAACAACCGAUUAAUGGAACUGAUAUGAAGUCUCUUCACGACCAGUUACAAAGGGAACGGCUUCUACGAGAAAGUGCAGAACGUGAACUGCACCAUCUAAAGAGAUAUACUUCCGAUUUGACACGUAACCUGCAGUACUCAUAUUGGGUGAUCUCACAAUUACAACAAGCGAUCAGGCUUCAGAACGCUAAUCAAGCGGAAAAGGCCUGGCCUGUGGAGGCCUCAGGCAUGCAAGAAAGGAUCGAUCGAUUGCAACAAGAAAACGAUUUGCUUCGGAAAGCAUUGCAAACAAGCGAGGUGAAGGUCGAAUGCAAAAGCGAAGAGAAAAUUACCGAUGGCUUUGAUGUCAAUGAGAUAUAUGGAACGAAAAACGAGUUAUUGUUGAUGGCUCUCAAUUAUGAUAUGACUAGUAGGCCGAAGGAAUCGGUUGGUAAUUCGUGA